AUGUCGCAGCACGAUGUUCUCCCACCAAUCCGUGCUGCGUGGGUAUACCCAAUGCUGCCUCGGUUCCUGCAUCUCUGCCAGGAAAAACCACUGGUGUCGGGGCUGGCGCCGUCGUCUUCGUGCACGCGUCAUUGCAAAGGUGGUAAACGAGUUGCUGGACAAAAAUCUAGCAACAGCCCUGCGCCUUUGGGCACGGCGUGUGACCGCGAGGACGCGCGGAAAAGGCGGAUUGGAGGUGGAGAUGUGAACGGAAAAGACAAAAUCGCGGAUUGGAGGCAAACGGAAGAUAUCCGGAAAAACUGCGGGGAAAAAGGCCCUGGUGGCACAGCCUUGGCGCUCUCCACCUGCCAAACCUUGGACCUGGAGGCGGCCCGGGCCCUGCGGGUACAGGCUGUACGAGGACAAAUCCUCAGCAAGCUGCAGAUGGUGGCACCUCCUGAAGAGGAGCAAGGGGUGCCCGAGCAACCGCCUCCUGAGGUGAUGUUACUGUACAACAGCACGCGCGAGUUGACACGAGAGCGGGCGGCUUGUGACGGGAGGAGCAGCAGCGAGGAAGAGGAAUACUAUGCCAAGGAAGUGCGGCGGGUGGACAUGUUGCCCCCUGGGCACACUGACAACACAAUCGCAAGCACCCAGCCCAGUCCCUUCUCCCGCCUUCUGCGCUUCGACGUCUCAGGAGCUGAGCCGGACCUCAGUAGUCUUGUUCAAGCUGAGCUGCGUGUCUACCGGGUGCCGAACCCACGGGCCCGAGCCACGGAGCAACGGGUGGAGCUGUAUCAGGUGGUCCGUGCAAGGGAGCCCACCGCACCAACCCAGCGUUAUGUGGAGAGUCGGACGCUGCGGCCAACAGACCGGGCUGAGUGGGUGUCGUUUGAUGUCACUGAUACUCUCAGCCAGUGGCUGGAUAAAAGAGAGAGAAACCUGGGCCUGAAAUUGGGGGUGCACUGUCCUUGCUGCACUUACGUCCCCGCCGGGAACACGAUCAACCCCAACCACAGCGAAGAGCUGGAGGUGCGCUUUGCAGGGCUGGAUGACGAUCUCAUCAAGGAGGCUUGGAAAGGGCGCGCACGACCCCCAGACCUUACUGGCAAAGCCCCCCAUUUGAUCCUCACGCUGCUGCCCCCACACCGCCUGGAGCCUCCCCCAAAGGGGCGGCGCCGUCGAGCUGCAAAUGCUCCUACCUGUACCAGGAGUACAGACCAGGGCUGUUGUCUCCGCACUCUAUACAUUGAUUUCCGCAAAGAUCUGAAGUGGAAAUGGAUCCACCAGCCAAAAGGCUACAAGGCAAAUUUCUGUGCUGGGACCUGUCGCUAUGUGUGGAGCACGGACACACAAUAUAACAUGGUGCUCCCGUUGUACAACAAGCUGAACCCCGAAGCCUCAGCCGCCCCUUGCUGUGUCCCUCAGGAACUGGAGCCCUUGACCAUCCUCUACUACGUAGGCCGUUCUCCCAAAGUACAGCAGCUCAGCAACAUGGUUGUGAAGUCUUGCCGUUGUCGCUGA